AUGUCGAGUGAAAUUAUUUCAAUAUCGGGUGGAUUACAUGCAUCAUCAUCAUCCCAUGGAACCUCACCAUCAUCUCCUGGAUCGUAUGGAUCCUCACAAGUAUUGAACGGUGGUGAUUUUAUGGUGAGCCGUUUUAGGAGAAUGAUUGAAGAUGUUUGUAUCUUAUCAUUGGAUCGGAACGGAAUGAAUGAAAUUAUUAAAACCAAAUAUGAUGAGAGUGUUCAAAAACUUGUCAUGAGCCAAUCACCGUUAUCUACAACAACAACAACAACAUCUCCAGAAGUAUCAGCACAAAUUUCCAAUGAAGCCUCAACUAACUCGAAUGUAGAUCCGAAAAGUAUCCAAAAUUAUUCAUCAAUAACUACACCAAUAAUUGGUGAUAAUCAUGCAUUAACUACCAAUCAUUCCGAGACUGAAUCAUCUUCAUCAUGUGCAAUCAUUUAUCUCAAACGUGAAGCUUCAUUAAUCACCAGUUAUCCCAAAUCAAAAAAAAAGCAAAAAAAGCAAACAGAAAUAAUGAACACAGUUCAAGAAGAUUCAUUUCUAGGUGGUUCAGAUUUGACUCCAUUGAGCUUGCAAUUUUUCACAUUUCCGAAUGAUAUGAUUGUUCAAGUGAUUGCAUGUAAAGCAGCAGAAGGAGUAGAUAAAAGCGAUUCUAUUGGAAACAUCAUGAAGAAGAAUAAUUCUGCUUCGAAACAAGCAACACAGCAACAUAAUGCAGCUAGUAGUGAUGAGAAUUUCCCAUUUGUUACUGAGAGCAUUGAUGUGAGGAAGCAUCCACUCUUGAAAAGUAUAUUUGCUACUGAGGAAAUGAUCGGAGGUGAUCCAGACAGCAAUGCACUCUCACCGAUUGUCAACGAGGAUGACAAUAAUAGCUUUGAUGAAGACAAUGUGAAUACUGAGGACGCAGAGAUGGAUUACGAAAAUUACAUCGAAAACGCAAAGCUUCAUCCACCUGCACGCAGUUAUCACACGUUCAUUAACACUGACGCACAAGGAUUUAAAUAUUAUGGAUUUUGCUUUACAAAAUUUUUCACAUACCGAAUUACGAAAGUUGGUGACAAGAAUGAGAAGAAUGUGGAAGUUUUUAUUCGAAUCCCUUCAUGCAUUUGCAUGCUUUCUCGAUUUGCAUUUCAUUCUACUUUUUUACGGUUUUUCUCACAUCUCGAUCAAUAUUUGUUUGAAAUUAAUGGAGGGUUCGCAAAGCCCAACGGUGCAGGAUAUUAUGUUUUUGAUGAAGAGUUACUACAUUAUAUUUAUGACUUUUUCAACAGCACACAACUACAACAGCUACCAAAACAAAUUGAGAACUCGUCAAAAACCGACGACAACGAAGAUAAUAAUUGUGCCAUUUAUGACAAAUUGAUUAUACAUUUUUCUCAAAAAACAAAAACGCUUUCAGACAUCAAUAACACAGAGAAUGGAUUUUCGUCAUCAAACGAACUGCCAUCAUCCUUUUCUGAUUUUAAAGUGGAGUUUGACAAGCUCUUAUUUAUUGGAUCAAAAGAAGAACACUUUAAAGAAGCUUCACUCUUUGAGAAUGAGCGCGUUUUUGAGGAUGAUACUCUGGGUGAGGAUAGCACUGUUCUCUCACGUAGACUCUAUAAUUUUGACAGCUCAUCAGAUUUGUCGGCAAGCAAUGGAUAUUUCCCAAAUUCACCGUCUGAAGACGUAUCACAACAAUCACCUUUUAAGCAACCAAUUUCUUCCACAACUCCAGUUCUGAAUUUCCCAUCAUUUCCAACAUGCGAUUUUGACUUCUCCAUUCUUACCAAUGCUCUCAACAUUGAUUGCAUUGUUACCAUUGUAAAUUAUUUAGCUCUUGAAAAGCCCAUCAUUUUCCAUAGUGUGAACCUUUUCAGAAUGGUCAUGGUUAUGGAGAGUUUACGACACUUGAUUUACCCAUUCAGACUCACCUCAAUUUACAUACCAAUAGCUCACGAGAAGAUUAUUAAUUUCUUAGAGGCUCCUUUUCCAUACAUGGUUGGUACACAUAGUGAAGUCAUGUGGAAUCAUUUUCGUAUUGGCUUUGAAAAGCAAUCGUUUUUACGAAGAACCAUUAGUCCACAAUUCAACACGUUACCCUCCUCCAACUCAUCUUCUUCGAACAAGAUUAGUAUUAUUACAAUGAAUGAGACCAAGGCCAACAAUGUUGCAAAUAGUUCUGAUUACGAAAUGAUCAACAUUCCAGAAGGAGUAUGCAUUGUGAAUCUUGACGAUGAUCGAAUUCAAUUUGUUGGAGAGGAACCAAAUUUAGUUUCAAAUUCUAGCAGAAAUUGGAAAUGGUCUCAGACACUCAUCAGUUACAUUAAAGACAGUUUGGAAAAGAGUAGAAAAGACAUUGAGAGGAGUGAAAAAGAUUACAUGUCAACAAUUUUGAAAUAUAGCCCCAAGAUUGAAAACAAACCUCUACAAGGCACUGUUUCACAAAUCAGCAGAAAGGACAGUCUACUCAUGCGAAAGAAAAGAUCGAGUGAGACACUUGCGAAAAUGGUCAUGUUGAAAAAUCUUACAAAUAAGGAGCAAGAAGAGGAAGAAGUCACUGGCAAUGAUCCUCUACAGGCUCCCAAGUCUCCUCAUAGCACGAAAACCACGACUCAGAACUCAACAUCCGAGUCGAACCAUGGUGUCACCACGAAAACAAGUGCAGCGUCACCGUCGUUGCAAUCUGGAACCAGAAAGAGAUCAUCAGCGGUCAAACAAAAUCAAGCCUUCAUCGAAACAGGCUCUAAGGAAGACUCCUCUGCUUCUCCAACUUCUACUACAUCGUUUCAAGUAUCCUCCCCAGGUGUCACCAAUAGUCCAAUGUCAUCGUCUAGCUCAACAACCAGUACUGCAUCUAAUUCUACCCCUUCACCUCAGACCAUUCGUAAAAGAUCCCUAUUUGAAAAACAUUCAACCACCCUCAAAUGUCCACAUCCUAUUCGUGAAAUAUUUAUCAAUGUAUUUGUUCGAUUAUUGACGUGUUAUGAAUUAUUUGUGCAGUACGAAUCAUUUAAUCCAAAGGAUGACAUGAACAUGAAUGCAAUAUUUUCAAUUGAAAAGUUUUUGAGCUUGGAUAAUAGUGGAAGUUUUAACCAAGCUUAUCGCGCUUCCACAAAGAUCAAACCAAACGGAUCUGGUACUGAUAAUUUUGGAGGUCAUGUCGACUCACAAUUUCUACGAGAAUUCUUCAAGACUCAAAUUUUCCACUUUUUCCUUCAAAAGAAGUGUGAAUUAUUUUGGAAUUUACAUCACAUUGUGAAAAUUAGAGAUCAAGAACCUGUUACCAAUAAGCUUCAUGUACACUCACAAUCUCUUCCACAACUUUCCCUCUCAUAUGGAUCAUCAAAUUCCAUGGUCGUCAAUGUUACCAAUACAUUUUACAAACUAUUCGACUGCAAGAUGCAACAAAACACCGAACGCUUUGUGUUAAAUGUAUUGCUGUUGAACUCUUCCUACAGAAGAUGUUUUUUAUACAAGAGAGGACGCUUUAGAAAAUCAUGGAAGAAGCGCUUUUUCGUUUUGAGAGAUGACAACACCUUACUGUAUUAUGAUGGACCAGACGAAAAUCAACUCAAAGGUUCAAUCAAAUUAACCAAUGAUGGUCAUGCAAAAAUUAUACCUGUAAAAGUUCAAGAAAAACGACAUUUCGAAGGAAGCGGCGAUGAAGACGCCCAUUACGUAUGGACAAAAUCUCAACAACAAGAAUUCAUUAAUUUAUUACGUUCAACCAAAAACACGGAUCAAGAGAAUGCAUCAGAAGAUAUUGAUGGAAUCCCACCUGUCACUGAACAAUUUCCAACACCGUUCGUUUUUGCAAUAUACAUUCCUGGUAUUCGAUUGCUUUUCUGCUGUGCAGAAUCAGAGAGGUCUCGUGAGGAAUGGCUUCGAGUAUUGCGUGCAAAAGUAAUGCCACUCGAAUUUCUAAAUCUCAUGAAAGAGUAUUUGGCACAACUUCAAAAACACAAACAUGAAAAAAAGAGCCACAACAACAAUUCAUCAACAAUUCAGCCGAUAUCGAAUCAUUUAACACAGAUUGCCCUCUCCAACUCUGGUUUAAACCACCAUUCUCAUUCGUCACCAAAUUUACAACAUAGUAUGUUGUUACAACAACCACAACCACAGCAACAGCAACCAAUAGUCAUGUAUCGAACCUUUGAAUUUAUUCCAAAAUCAUUCAAGCUUAAUAUUGUGAGUGGUCACAAGGAUGCUACGAGCAACACGACUUCGACUCGCAAUUUCAUGGACCACUUGUUUAAUAGAAUGCCACUAGAGGAAUAUAUACUUCGAACAUCACUACAACAAAUUGACUAA